AUGGCCGAGACUGACCCCAAGACCGUGCAGAAUCUGGCCUCAGAGGUGCAGACCCUCCUGCAGCAGAUGCAAGAUAAAUUUCAGACCAUGUCUGACCAGAUCAUUGGAAGAAUUGAUGAUAUGAGUAGUCGCAUUGACCAUCUGGAGAAAAAUAUCGCAGACCUCAUGACACAGGCUGGAGUGGAAGACCUGGAAGGUGAAAGCAAGAUACCUGCCACACAAGAGUUGAAGGUUGCUAAUUUACACUGA